GCUUGUUACCAAACAUGAGAACUAGAUGAGUGACCUCACUGUUCUAAUAAUUGACUCCACCGUAAUUUCGCAUUCUAAUCCAUAACUUGGCCUUCAACAAUCGUCUUAAACAUUCUUUCUUUAUGCUUUAACGAUUAUUAAUGGAAUAUCUGAGGUUUGGUGAGAUUCUUAUUUUGUACUGCUUGAAUCGCUUUAUGGUGGCCAUGGCGGUAGUCUCUGAAGAUCUCAAAGAAAUGCCGAGCGGUCCAAUAAUCGGCAAUGGCCAUGACGCAGAGAGCAGCAGACCUGUGGCUGUGGUUGCCUUUUGUAACGCAUUAUUAGAUAUGUCGAUAUCAGUUGCGGAUGAUUCAUUGAUAAAGAAAUAUGGAUUGCCCUGUGAUGCGCAGAUCGAAAUAACAAGCGAACAACAGAGCCUUUUCUCGGAAGUCCUUCACAAUUACCCAGUUGAAUACGUGGCAGGUGGCAGCGCACAAAAUACGUUGCGAAUUCUUUGCCGACUCGUCAACAACAAAUGGCCGUCUUACGUGGUUGCUAAAAUUGCCAACGAUCCCGUCGGCAUCAUCCUUCAAAAGUUAUUAGCUCAAGAUGGCGUUCAAACUCGAUACGUCUUCGAUGAAAACUUGCCGACGGGCUGUUGCGUUGCUAUUGUCCGGCCGGACGGCACGCGUUGCCUGGCCGCCAAUAUCGGCGCAGCUCGUGAAUUCAGUAUGGAGAAUUUGGAGAGCAUUAACGACGUCACGGACUUGAUAGAUCGGGCCAGAGUUCUCUAUAUCGAAGGAUUCUUUGCUAGCCACAGUCCCGACGUUGCUAUGGCGGCCCUAAUCCGCGGCCAUUCUCGAUGUGGGCUCGUCCGACUCUUUAGCCUUUCGGCCCAAUAUAUCUGCCUGCAGUCUCAUAGUCUUUUAAGACGGUUUCUUUCCUACUCCAACCUCGUCGUUGGUAACGAAGACGAAUUCCGUGCAUUGGCCCAAUGUGCCGGCCUGGUUAAUCACAACGAGCCCAUAGCCAGCGUGGCUCGCAAAAUUGCCGACUUGGAAUAUAUUUCACCUGUGAAUCAAGUCCAAUCUUGUCUUCUCACCGAUUUUCAAGGGUCGGCUGAUUGGGAUUGGUCUAAACUGAACGAACGAUUGGUUGUUGUGACUUGCGGAGCUUCGGGAGUCGUUUGCGCUACGUCGUCCGAUUCUUGGGAAUUCGCGGCUGUAAAACUUCAGCCGGAAGAAAUCAAAGACACAACCGGAGCUGGUGAUGCGUUUUUAGCUGGUUUUCUUUCACAACUUCUCGUCUCACGUCCACUCGAUGUUUGCGUCGCUACCGGCCAACAAACAGCUCGUAUCGUCAUUACUCAAGUCGGUUGUCAACUCCCUCUUUGAAUUUCUAUUUUUAGAACAAUUCAAAUUUUUUCAGUAUUUCUAUUUCCAAUAGUUUGAAUGUGUUUAUAGGUCCCCUUUAGAGAAUAUUGCAUCUAUUGAUAUUAACUUUAAACCCAUAGCUAAAUAAAUUUCCUGAUGCAAUAAUGCAAGAAAGAAUAUUUAGUGAUUGAAUAUUUAUCACUAUUUCUUUUCUUGAAAUGUUGCCGAAUUCGCCCUGUACCCAAUAGCACCAUAUCUUGCAAGUCAGCUCUUAUACAAGCUUUUCUUUUUUCUGA